AUGAUGAGGCUGAGAGUGCGGAAAGCUUCUCAGCAGCCCAGCGCUAAACCGAAACCUGGUCCCAAAUCCAGCCCCGGCCGUCAAGCCCAAACCUCACCCCCCCGCCCAGCCCAGGCCAAGAGGAAACACUGUGAGGUGGAGGCCACUGCCCCGACCAGGAGAGGCCUCAGAAUGCAGAAGAAUGAGACGGGUCUGUUUUCCACCAUCAAGAAGUUCAUCAGGGGAAAUGCUGUCAAGGUGUGUUUGUGUGAACUGAUUCCAAAUGCUGACAUUUUAAGCAUUUGUUGCACAUCUCAUUCAUGUCAUGGGACCGAUAUUAGCGUUUUUUUUCUUCUUCACGCUUUGUGUUCAAAUAAUCCAAUUCACUUUGUUGAGCUUCACAAUCAACUUGAGAUACUUUCAAUUGAUUUGGUCAUGAUGCGGGGAAAAAUGCUAAUAUCGGUCCCAUGACUUGAAUGGGAUUUGUACCGCAAAUGCUAAAACAUUAGCAUUUGGAAACAGUACCAGGGACAGUUUACAGGGUAAGGAAACCAAUAUGUUUUGGUAAUUUGGGUGAACUAUCCCUUUAACAUUAAAAGUUAAAGCAUGCACUCUUGCAGGCUUUGUUUACUAGUCCCUUUCCCCCCUCUGUUGGAGCACUUAACUAGUCCCUUCCACUCCUCUGUUGGAGCACUUAACUAGUCCCUUCCCCUCCUCUGUUGGAGCACUUAACUAGUCCCUCUACCCUUGUUCCUCUCCCCCAGGUGACAAAGUAUAAAAGCUACCAAAAGUAUGUGGACACCUGCUUGUCGAACAUCUCAUUCCAAAAUCAUGGGCAUUAAUAUGGAGUUGGUCCCCCCUUUGCUGCUACAACAGCCUCCACUCUUCUGUGAAGGCUUUACACUAGAUGUUGGAACAUUGCUGUAGGGACUUGCUUCCAUUCAGCCACAACAGCAUUAGUGAGGUCGGGCACUGAUGUUUGGCGAUUAGGCCUGGCUCACAGUCUGCGUUCCAAUUCAUCCCAAAGGUGUUCGAUGGGGUUGAGGUCAGGGCUCUGUGCAGGCCAGUAAAGUUCUUCCACACCGAUCUCGACAAACCAUUUCUGUAUGGACCGCACUUUGUGCAUGGGGGCAUUGUCAUGCAGAAACAGGAAAGGGCCUUCCCCAAACUGUUGCCAUAAAGUUGGAAGCACAGAAUCGUCUAGAAUGUCAUUGUAUGCUGUUGCGUUAAGAUUUCCCUUCACUGGAACUAAGGGGCCUAGCCCGAAACAUGAAAAACAGCCCCAGACCAUUAUUCCUCCUCCACCAAACUUUAGUUGGCACUCUGCAUUGGGGCAGGUAGCGUUCUCCUAGCAUCCGCCAAACCCAGAUUCGUCCGUCGGACUGCCAGAUGGCGAAGUGUGAUUAAUCACUCCAGAGAACGCGUUUUCACUGCUCCAGAGUCCAAUAGCGGCGAGCUUUACACCACUCCAGCCGACGCUUGGCUUUGCACAUGGUGAUCUUAGGCUUGUGUGUGGCUGCUCAGCCCUGGAAACCCAUUUCAUGAUGCUCCCGACAAACAGUUCUUAUGCUGACGUUGCUUCGAGGCAGUUUGGAACUCAGUAGUGAGUGUUGCAACCGAGGACAGACAAUUUUUUAAAGCGUUUCAGCACUCGGUGGUCCCCGUUGUGUGAGCUUGUGUGGCCUACCACUUUGCGGCUGAGCCGUUGUUGCUCCUAGGCGUUUCCACUUCACAAUAACAGCACUUAGAGUUGACCGGGGCAGCUCUAGCAGGGCAGAAAUUUGAUGAACUGACUUGUUGGAAAGGAGGCUUCCUAUGACGGUGCCACGUUGAAGGUCACUGAGCUUUUCAGUAUGGGCCAUUCUACUGCCAAUGUUUGUCUAUGGAGAUUGCAUGGCUGUGUGCUCGAUUUUUAUACACCUGUCAGCAAUGGGUGUGGCUGAAAGAGCCAAAUCCACUAAUUUGAAGGGGUGUCCACAUACCUUUAGCCAUGUAGUGUAUGUACAAGCCACCUAUUCCGGACCUGUCUGCAAUUUUUAAAGAGCGACUGCUAAAAACCAACAAAUCCCUUUGAAAACGGCCUAUGUGGCAUCUAUACGAGUCAGAAACAUUUUAUUCUAGUGUCAGAAUUGAGUAAAAAAAUGUAAAUAGGAUCAUUUUGGUCAUAAAGUCAGUCUUGUCUAAAAUGGAGUUUGGAACCUCCGAGUGUCACGAGUAAGUAAAGGUUGGGUUUGCAUUACAAUUGUCAAUAAAUCAUGUCCCCUCUUUGCCAAGCUCCAUGUGCAAAUCCGUCUCUCUGCCCACUUCGCUUCCCUUUUAUUGAAUGGGGCUCCGUUUCAUCUCCCCAACCAACAAGUUCAAAGAAUCACAGCCGUUUUUGAGACUGAGAAGCCCUAUACGGAUUGACCGUGCAACGCAUGCUUCCAGCAAGGAUGCACAGCCAUCAACUAUGGUUUGCAUGCCCUGCCGAAGGACCCUAUCAUGCGGAAUAGGUGGUCCCCAGUGGUGGUGAGUAUACUGGUAGCUAUACCAUUGACUGCUGGUUAUGUAUAUUUUGAUCAUCAUUGUGCUACUAACUAGCUACCUACCUAAUUACCUAGCUAGCUGGCUGGCAAACGUUAGCCUACCUCAAUACAACUAGGAGUUGUCUUGGAAACACAACAUUUCAAAAGAAGGCAAAAAAUGUGUAGGAAAACCUUUUUUGUCAUUAUUGUGAUGUCGCCAGAUUGACUAGAUGCAGUAUUACUGUAGUGCGCUAACAUCAUUUUAGCUAGCUACCAUUACCAUUGCUAGCUAUUUUUGACAAACUUUGCUAGUAGCAGAAUGGGAACUUUGACAUCCUCAUAAUAUGGCAAAGUUGUUUCCUACUAAUUAUUUGCCUACUUUAGCAAUGUCAUUGUAUUUCCAUGCCACUCUGAGUUAGUGUAAUUUAGACAACAGUCACAUUAGCCUUCGAGGUGCCACCCGUAUCUAGGGCAGUCUACAUCUGUAAAGCGUAGAAUUGGCUUCCAAACUAGAUUAUGUUAUUUCUCUACAUAUGUUUAUAAUUGAGGGAUGAUGAGUCGUUGACUGAUCCUUUGGUCGUGAACGAACGCUGCGUCCUAUAAUAUGUCUAGCGAUGGUUUUUAGCGACCUCCAAAAAAUCAUUUUUGUUCUCUGUUCACUUGUUAUUUUCACCGCUUGUCAGUCAAGACCUCAGAAUAAAAAGUAUGUCAUGUGACAAUAGGACCCUUGUGACACCACUUCCGUUGUUGCCAGAGUCUCCCUCGACUCCUAUGAAAAGGACACGCUGUCAUGAGGCCUCUGAUAGUGACCCUAGUUACUGCCCUGAUGACACAGACAACUUAAUCAACAACUACAGGUAAUGUGUGUUAUGUGAAAACUUAUAUAAAAAUAAAAUAAAAAAACUUUAAAAAAAAAUACCCGGCUUGGUAAAAUAGUAGACUAAUUCCCCAGCCAAACAGAUACAACUAGUAGUUAGUCAUUUUGGUUGUGAAGUGCAUUAGCAAAAAAGCUUAGUCCUUUUCUUUAGAACAAAAUGCAAUUUACCACUUAGCUGUCUACUUUAUCAACCUGUCACAGGCCCUCCCAGUCAACACCACCUCACAAGAUUGCCUGCUGCAGUUGUUCGAGAGAUGUCCAGUUUGCAGCCGGACAUGCAGCAUAGAGAACACCAGCAAGGGGGCCAUCAUCAACAUCAUGCAGACAUGCCCUCGCUGUGAGCAUUCCUAUGAAUGGAACAGUCAGCCACGUGUUGGCAAGUAUCUGGCCAGCAACCUUCACCUGCAACAGCUUUCACAGGCUUAUUAUUUGUACAAAUACAGAAGGUGACCCACUUCAUUACUUUGAUAACCCAAUUAUGAAACAUAAUUUAUGUAAACUGACAUUUAUUUGUUGCUUAUUUUCUACUUCUUAGAUACAUAUAAUGUCCAGUGUAUAACCUAGCCUGGUGGAACCAGCCUGAUCACUGUUCACCAUAUAAUGUCCAGGGUAUAACCUAGCCUGGGGUAACCAGCCUGAUCACUGUGUUCACCAUUCUAUUUCACUUCACAUGUUAUGAUAUCUGAAGUGAAAUAUAAAGGUCAAUCCAUUGAUCAGGUUGGUUUCCACCAUGCUAAUCAUAACCACCAUUGAUCAUGUGUAAUCAGUGCUCUGUGUGUGUGUGUGACCGUCCUGUAUCUUUGAGUGGGCCAGGAGCUGAUCCACGCUGCUAUGGCCAUCAACGGGCCGCUGGCGAAGACCGCAUCUCUUGCCUGCUCACUAACGGUCGGUAUGUUUAGUCUGACCUGUGCAAACUUCAACAUUAGUACCUGUCUGUGUGUCAGAUAUCACCUAUCCUAACUGCCAUUGGUAAUAGAACAGUGACUAUGUGUCUGAUAUCACCUAUCCUAACUGCCAUUGGUAAUAGAACAGUGACUAUGUGUUCACAGAAACAUGUAUGGAGCCAGCACAUGGAGACUUCCAAGAUGAUGUGAUGAAGUCCAGACUGACAGACGGGCUUGAUACUGAUGUCUCUGAAUGGAGAGAGACCUGGCACUCGGCAUUAAACAUUUUACUAGACAACUUUGACUUGUAUUGUCUUUUUAUUGUUGAAUUGAAUGGUAUCAGUCAAUAUGGGGAGAGGGAAACCCUUUUUAUUCUGCACCAGGAUCAGGGAACUCCUGUUGUAUACGGGACACCAAACAGGAAGCUAGGACCACUCUGACAUGUUACCAAGGUAACCCCAUUACCACCACACAGGAAGUUAUGACCCCUCUGACAUGUUACCAAGGUAACCCCAUUACCACCACACAGGAAGUUAUGACCCCUCUGACAUGUUACCAAGGUAACCCCAUUACCACCAAACAGGAAGUUAUGACUCCAUUGACAUGUUACCAAGGUAACCCCAUUACCACCAAACAGGAAGUUAUGACCCCAUUGACAUGUUACCAAGGUAACCCCAUUACCACCAAACAGGAAGUUAUGACCCCACUGACAUGUUACCAAGGUAACCCCAAUACCACCAAACAGGAAGUUAUGACCCCUCUGACAUGUUACCAAGGUAACCCCAUUACCACCAAACAGGAAGUUAUGACCCCAUUGACAUGUUACCAAGGUCAACCCCAUUACCACCAAACAGGAAGUUAUGACCCCAUUGACAUGUUACCAAGGUCAACCCCAUUACCACCAGACACAAUGCAGAUGGGCAACAGUAUCUGUAUCGGCUGGGAAUGACAUGAAAGGUGCACAUUGUUAUAUUUUCAGAACACUGCUUCUAUAAUGUUACGUAAAGGGUUGUUAAUUCUACAUGGACCUGUUACUACAUUUGAAAGUUGUCAAAACACUUCAUUUAGAAUAUCUACAUAAAUUCAGCAAUUGGAUUCUUCUCAUAUUACUCUGUAGGCGACUGACCUAUUCAAAGCUUCCUCCGGCAUCUCUCAAUACAUCUGCCUGCCAGGAAGUGGUUUGGUGGUGGUGGUGGUAAGGACACACCCACAUCAAACCACACCCCCAAAGCCAAGUCAUGUUUGCCUUCUGUCUUUGCUGCCAGCGUUUCUUGAGGAGCAAGCCCCCCCCCCCCCCCAAAAAAAAAUAGGCAGAAUCAGCGGGUGCAAUUCACCUUUUUAAAGUUUGAAUGGCGUUUCGAUCUUAAAAACGGUUUAAGUGUAGCAUCCUAAAGAAAAAUUAAAAAGUACAAGUCUGAAGGUGUGCCAUAAUGAGUGUUGCUUUCAACAAAUCAUGACACUAACUACUGUUCCACCUGCUUCCCGUGUUUCAGGUGGAGCAUGACAUCCCAGCGAAGAGGAGUCGUAUCGAUUGUAAAGUGGACAGCAGCAACCUGAUCACGUCUUCUCCUCACCCUCCCAACAAAGCCAUCCCCAGGGGCUGCCGGAGAGGAGCUAACAUACCUGGUGAGUCAAGACAUUCCUCUGGCGUAAUCUGGAAGAAUAAUACUAUUUACUAUUUACAUUUUAGCAGACGCUCUUAUCCAGAGCGACUUACAGGAGCAAUUAGGGUUAAGUGCCUUGCUCAAGGCCACAUCGGCAGAUUUUUCACCUAGUCGGCUCAGGGAUUAGAACCAGCGACCUUUCGGUUACUGGCACAACGCUCUUAACCACUAAGCUACCUGCCGCCCAUAAUAAUAAUAGUGUGGAAGAAUAAUGGAGUCGUUCGUAGCGCUAAAUGACAUCAAACUGUAGCCACGACGCCAUCUUUGUGCAUGUCGGCUUUUGGAAACGCUGCAACAAGUCAGUUGGUCAUUUUUUUAAUGUUCACGAAAUCAAAAUGUCCUGUUUUGCUAUAAUUGUGUGGACGUUGUAGUGUCCAUUGGAACAGUUAGGGCCCCCCCCCCCCCCCCCCCGCUACAAGGAGGUGGUGAUCAUUAAUGCUCGUGAAAUUGGAAUAUCCUGCAUUGCCAUAAGCAGUCCGGAUUUUGCGGCGUUCAUUGGAAAUAGUGAAGUUCCCUUCUUUCCCUCAGAUCCAAUGACGUUGAACAGUAAGCCCAAUGGUAAGCUGGAGGUCCCCGGGGAGGAAGCCAGCAGUCCGCCUCGCACUACUCUCCUUGGGACCAUCUUCUCGCCAGUCUUCAACUUCUUCUCACCUGCAACUAAGACGGGUAACAGAAUCUGCCUCAAGUCUCAUCAUUGUGUCUUGUUUUGUAUUUUUUAUUUAUUUUUUAACCAGGAGGACCAGUCAAAGAAUGUGACCGGUUACAGAUGAACCCUAGUCCAGGACUAAAACGCAUUUACUCAAUGGAGAUUCUCCAAUGAUAGUGCUUUAUUAGUCCAGGACUAAAACGCAUUUACUCAAUGGAGAUUCUCCAAUGAUAGUGCUUUAUUAGUCCAGGACUAAAACGCAUUUACUCAAUGGAGAUUCUCCAAUGAUAGUGCUUUAUUAGUCCAGGACUGAGCUGAAUCUGUCUGGGAUACCAGCCCCUUGUUUUUACCUAAAAGGACUUCUCUAAUACCUCCCUCUUCUCUGUCACUCCUGUGUUUUUUAAAUGUAAAACAUAUCUGUGGGUUACAACAAAAAAAAAAUGUCAUCCAUGCUCACACGCUUCUCUCGUCAUUCCCCUUAUUCCUCUCUGUGUACGGAGUAAACGAGAGAAGAUGCAAAUAAUCAAAGAAAAUAAUUUUGAGAUGAACCCUGUGUCUCUCCUGUGUAUCCCCCCCACCCCCCCCCACCCCACCCCCAUCCAGCCACUCUUGGGUCUGACUCACCUGGGCUGGAGGCUGAGGAGAUUGUGAAGCAGCUGGAGGUGGAGGCAGUGGAGGAGAUGCCCACCUGUACCCCCAACAUCUGCGGAAGGCAUCGUCCUGUCCCCUGUUUCCCCAGCUCCAACAGUACCACCACCACCGGCUCCUCUGGCUGCCCCAGAACCAGCCGUCGAGGAAGGGGAGAUGGUUACAGAAACAGAUAUGCCCCCUCUAUCAGGUAACCAUGACAUUUGAUUGAUCUCAGGUUCAAACCCAGCGAUUUUUUUUUUUUUGUGGUCUGGAAUAUUCAGUGGCAUUUUUACUUACUGUGUUUUUCUAUGAUGAAUUACCCGGGGAGAAAAGUAAAUGUGAGUUUAAUAAAAGCUGUGGAUAAUAUGGUGUCGUCGUCCAGCUCCAGGAUGCACCCCAGUUAGCUGUUACCCCCACGCCCCUCCCACGGCCCCUGCAGACGGCACCUACGAGGAGGACUGGGAAGUCUUUGAUCCGUGAGUACCGCUUAGUUUUAUUUAGCAACCUUACCAACCAAACUGCGUUUUAAGUGCCUCUCUUUUUUAAAAAUGUCUUUUGAAUAAUAAGCAGUAGAAAUAAGUCGGCCGUCUGUGUGUCAUCACACCAUCUAACCGACUGAAGAAUGGUAUUAUGUGUGUGCAAAGUUUUUUUUCUUUCUUAACUUGGACCAACUAAAAUCUCCUGUGCCUGCUCUGUUUUCAGGUACUUCUUCAUCAAGCACGUGCCUCCGUUGACAGAAGAGCAGAUAUCCAGGAAACCAGCACUGCCUCUAAAGACACGCAGCACACCCGAGUUCUCCCUGGUCCUAGAUCUGGUGACUAGCACAUUUUUAUAUUUGAGUUAUUGGCAAGGCUCUUAUCUAGCCUGGGUGCCUGUCUGUCUCUCUCCUAGCCUGGGUGCCUGUCUGUCUCUCUCCUAGCCUGGGUGCCAGUCUGUCUCUCUCCUAGCCUGGGUGCCAGUCUGUCUCUCUCCUAGCCUGGGUGCCUGUCUGUCUCUUUCCUAGCCUGGGUGCCUGUCUGUCUCUCUCCUAGCCUGGGUGCCUGUCUGUCUCUCUCCUAGCCUGGGUGCCUGUCUGUCUCUCUCCUAGCCUGGGUGCCUGUCUGUCUCUCUCCUAGCCUGGGUGCCAGUCUGUCUCUGCUCUCUUGCCAACUCAUGGAAUUGACCCUUCGCUAAGCCCCACCCCACUUGGUUACUGUUGCAACCUCGGUCAACAUGUUCCCGGGAAGCCCAUUUCCCAUCUCAAACCACUGGCGAAAACCCCUCACAAUGAUCUCAAACUGUGUUUUUAAUACACAAUUAAAUUAAACGCCAACUCCACCUUGCCUCGGGUAUGUUGUGGUGAACUGGACAAAUUCAGGUUCCUGUCUCCCUGUAGCGCUGUCUUAGGCGUCUCACAGUACGCACAUUGCAGUUUAUUGCCCUGGCCACAUCUGCAGUCCUCAUGCCUCCUUGCAGCAUGCCUUAGGCACGUUCACACAGAUGAGCAGGGACCCUGGGCAUCUUUCUUUUGGUGUUUUUCAGAGUCAGGAGAAAGGCCUCUUUAGUGUCCUAAGUUUUCAUAACUGUGACCUUAAUUGCCUACCGUCUGUAAGCUGUUAGUGUCUUAACGACCGUUCCACAGGUGCAUGUUCAUUAAUUGUUUAUAGAUCAUUGAACAAGCAUAAACAGUGUUUAAACCCUUUACAAUGAAGAUCUGUGAAGUUAUUUGGAUUUUUACGAAUUAUCUUUGAAAUAAUUAUUUUGCUGAGUUUAGUUACGAGGACCCCUGGUGCACUGUUCAAUUUAUACUUUUUUAAAUACUCUUUUGCCAUAGCCCUCCUUGGCUUCCAAGGGAUUGAAACAUGAACUUGUCUGAGGUGUCUGACUCCAUGACAGUUGCUAAUCAUCGGAGCGCUACGAUUGGUUUCCCGAAAUUCUGGGGCGGGGCUUAACAAAGUUUACAUUUGCCUUGACAAUGGAGUAGGCAGAAGAAGCAGAAACCGAUCUGGGAAUAGGCUAGCUGUCAGCGACUUACAGUCGUUGCUUUCAAACUAAAGAAGGUUAAACAACCACCAACCAGAAGGUGUACUAUUUUGUGUCUUCUCCAGGACGAGACGUUGGUGCACUGUAGUCUGAACGAGUUGCAGGACGCAGCCCUGACCUUCCCAGUGCUGUUCCAAGACGUCAUCUACCAGGUACAUGGUGUGAUACUAUAGAAAUCCACAGGUGUUAAGUGAUUGUCAAGGGCUCUUUCUCAAUUAUUUUUCCUUGAUUCUUUCCUUGAUUCCUUGUGUCGUCUCUCCUCGCCUUCUUCUCAAACCACAUUGGAAGAGAAUAUCCAAGGUCUUUUCCCGUACAUUACUUCUAUGCGUUUUGAGGAGGAGGCGAGGAGAGGGGGGACAUGAGGAAUCAAGGUAAAACAAAUUGAGAAAAAGCCACUGGUUUUAUGUGAUUGUCAUGUGUUAAAAUGGCCGGCUUCAGUCAUCUGAUUCUAGUCAUGGUUACGUCGAGUCAGGCAGCUUAGUCUCCCAUUCAGAGGACCCCAAGUCCUAGUCGUACAUGCAGUAGUACUCGUCGGUGUCUUCAACAUCAAAUUACAUAAGUGACCUGAGAACCGGAACCUCCACUUUUCCACUGGAAUGGGAAUCUGGACUAGGAUCACUUGGCAUGAUUAAUCUCCAGAGCCGUUCCAGCCAAGCGCAACAAUUUGAACCGUAGUUAAUGUCAGUUCUCACUGGACAUGAUUCUCAGUUAUCUGAACCAGUGGUCAGAUGGAUGUGAAUGUGGACAUCUUCUUCCAUUAAACUCUCCCUUAACCUGGACAUCCGCCUCAUCCUUGUUCUGACCGGAUUAUUCUGUAGUGGUUGCCACCGGCCAUAAGACAUCAGCUAAGGUUUCUUAUUACGUUCGUGGUCCUUCGAUUCUCUACAACCCUACCCCUAUUUUUCAUCAUGGAAAAACGUGGUAUGAUUUCCAUAUGAUUCUUUCUUCUCUGCAGGUGUAUGUGCGGUUGAGGCCGUUCUUCAGAGAGUUCCUGGAACGCAUGUCUCAGAUUUACGAGGUGAGGUCCGACAGAUUAUCCGACAGAUUAUACACAUGGACACCAGACCACUGUAGACGAGGUGAGGUCCGACAGAUUAUACACAUGGACACCAGACCACUGUAGACGAGGUGAGGUCCGACAGAUUAUACACAUGGACACCAGACCACUGUAGACGAGGUUGACACAGGAGUUGUGUCAACUUGUUCUGUCAAAUUUUAUUUCCCUGUACUGUCCUGAUCCUACAACAGUUCUAUAACCCCCUGGAACUUUCCUGUCCCUUGUCGAUAAAAUCACUCCCGUCCCGUGCUCAAUUUUUUGCGCGCAGAAAUAUAUGUAGGUUAUUGUGUGUUUUUUUUUUUUUUUUUUUUAGGAAGUAUUUUUUAAAUAAUUUCAGCAAUGCAAUAUGCGACUGUGAUAUGUGGUAGUCUUACCUAUCUUAGUUAAAUGCACUGACUGUAAGGGCUGGAGGAUGAGGACAGAGACCCACCCCAGCAGAAAGUUCUGCUCAGCACCGCACCGGGAUAAAACUGUAGCCUGCAGCUGAGCACUGCACACACAUGAACAUUUACAACACAUUACAAUUUACAACGUGAACAUAAAAACAAAUAUAAAAAAUAACAGAGCGGCAGUACUACAUAAUGUAAGUCGAUGUCAUUUUUAUUUCACACUUCACCUCAGAUGGUGUAGGUUUAGUUAAACACGCCAACGAUUGGGCUUCAUGGUAAAGCUGUUGGGAGUAGAGCUCUGUGCUGCUUCAGGCCCCUUGUCCGUUCUCCGGUUGGUAGCCUAUUUCAUUAAACCGCUGUAUAUAUAUAUAUUUUUUUACAAGCCAUGUACUCUGUUCCUUUUUUGUCAAAGACAACUCCUUCAAAUGUAGCUAAAACAUCGCUCUUUCCUUGGUUCUGAUGUUAACGUUAGUGACUGGUCCUUUGCUGCAACAGUCCUCUAUUGAAGGCUUCAUAAUUGAGACUACUGCCUAGCCGUCUGAGGUAGCCUGGUGACUGGAGCAAGGCGCGAGAUUGAGCCAAAGGAAGGAAGGGAGGGGGGAAAUUACCAUUUGUAUUUAUUUUUAGGAAGUAAACUAUAUUAGGCCUACAGUUUUUAAUUUUUUUUUAUGUAUUUAUUUUAUUUUAUGAAAUGCUCCACACAUAACAUAUUACCGACCAAAACAAUCUCGGUUUAGAGCUAUCACUGCACUGCCCAUUCCUGUGGACUGUUGAUCCUUGACUCCCGUUCCUGUCAGAUUCCCCACGGAUUCCCCCUGUUCCCGUGUCAACCUCUACUGUAAACUUCACUGGGUCAGACAAUCAUACAGAACGGGAUUGUCAUACAGAAUAAUAUUGUGAUUAACAUAGAUUAUUCUCAUAUUUUCUUGUUGUUCACAGAUCAUUCUGUUCACUGCCUCUAAGAAGGUGUAUGCAGACAAGCUGCUGAACAUCCUGGACCCAAAGAAACAGUUGGUCAGGUCGGUUAAAUUAAAAACGUUAUGGCUUUCGGAAUGAUUACAGCUAACCAGUGUUGAGUUGCACCAUGAAUUGUGCUUCCCAAAUGGCACCCUAUUCCCUAGAUAGUGCACUACUUUUGACCAGGGCCCCAUAGGGAUCUGGUCAAAAGUAGUGCACUAUGUAGGGAUUAGGGUGUGUGUGUCUGUGUAUAAAGCGCGUGCCUAAUGUCCAACACCCCACCACUACGCUUGACUAAUCAUCGGUUGUUUUCUCCUCUCUCCUACAGGCAUCGGUUGUUUCGGGAGCACUGUGUAUGUGUUCAAGGAAACUACAUCAAGGACCUGAACAUUCUUGGAAGGGAUCUUUCGAAAACCAUAAUAAUCGACAAUUCACCUCAAGCCUUCGCCUAUCAGGUUGGCCUUCAUACCUUUUUCACAGUAGCUCUUGUUAUUAUAUUCCACAGGAAUCGCAUACUUAAAAUAUAUGCACUCAAUAUAAAAUACGUUUUUGGGAUAAAAGUGUCUGCAAAGUGGCAUAUAAUUCAUGUACUAUUCAAAAACGUCAUGGUUCUCCAUCACAGCUUUCCAAUGGGAUUCCCAUCGAGAGCUGGUUCAUGGACAGGAAUGAUAACGAGCUCCUCAAGCUGGUGCCUUUCCUGGAGAAGCUGGUGGAGAUGGUAUGUUCUCAUUCUAAAAAAAAUAAAAAAAAUAAACGAAUGACUGGCAUCCAACUCAGACGCCUACGUCUGCUCUGUCUCUCCUCCACAGAAUGAGGACGUAAGGCCUUACGUCAGAGAGCGGUUUCGUCUUCAUGACCUCCUUCCUCCAGACUGA